CACCUCUCAUUGGUCCCCCUCAUUGUCCUUUAAGUACUCGCUCCCUACUGGUUGCCAGUGCGAAUUUUGCCAUCCAUAUCAAUCGUGAUCUCCUUCACGCGCUUACUUUGCUCGUUCACAGUUCAGCAGUUUAUCACCAAGCAAUUAGGUCGUUAUUAAUUACUGUUUUCAUAUCUGUAUCGCAUGGAGAACUAUUGCCUCCGAUAUCUAUCACGUUAGUGCAAACGCUGCGGGCAAUACAACGGGCAUAGGUCACCGGAGUGCACAUUGUGACAUCUGCACAACGACACUGUCAAUACGCCUCCGACUUUUGAGGAGGUAGGACGUCUUACCUGCGCUGGUAAAGAAAUUGAAAUCGACAAUUUGUAUUUUUUUUUUAGAAUCUCGACGAAGAUUAAAGUUGCGUAAACUUGCGAGACUCUAGUGAAAAAAAUUUAUAAAUUGGCUAAAUAAAAUCAGUGAAGAUUACGUCGAAAAUAGUGGAAGUCAGUGCGUUGUGGAACUGGACGGUCGGUGAUGUAGUUUCGGUGCACAACAGCAGCGAGAUGGAUACGAUGAUUAGCGUGUGGACGAUGGUGGAGCACGUGCGGGUGGCCAGCGGCGCCGCCGAGCUCGCCAUCUUCACCGCCAUCCUCUACUGGUUCUUCACCUCCAGUCGUGUAGCCGAUAUGUUAGAGGUGGUCGGCGAAAGGGUGGGGGGGUGGUGUGGGCGGGACACAAGCAGCUCGCUCAGGCAAGCCGUGCGCGCGCGCAAACGACAACAAGAGUACUCCAAGAUGGAUAGUACUACUAAUUGCCGCAAGUCGUCACUGUUCAGGAUAAAGGAAGGUCCCGUCAUCCCAGCCCCAGAACCGCAACUCAGGCCGCCUUCAGGAAUGGCCUGUGGACGGUGUGCACCAGCUUCUAGGGACUCAUGGCAGGACCACAAGGUGAGAGACACGGGCGCCGUGAUCAAUAUCCUGGACAUCGGACGGCAGAACUUCGCGAACGGAGGCGUGGUCUCCCGCUACCUCUGUGACUUGGCACAGUGCUGCAACCUCUGCGCCUACGAUUAUAAGGAUGUAGUUCCUAAUGUUGUAAAAGACGAGAGCGUAGAACGGGCGAUAGAAGAAGCGACACAAGAAGAAUUAGCGAAAGCCAAAGAGAAGGGUCAGAGUGGCGCCCAGUACGCCACCAUACGGAAGCGGGUGGAAGCUCGCGCCUUGAAAGUUGUACAGGACAUCAGCUCCGCUAUGUCCAAUAAAGUGCUCAAAUUCGUAGCCUGGGUAUGUCACAAGGCUGUGCGAAGGGUAGCGGGCGGUGGAUGCGGCACCCGUGUGGCCGGAGUCGAACGCCUCCGUCGCGCCAACGCAGCGGGCCUGCCUCUAGUCUUCGUACCUCUCCACAGAUCUCACUUCGAUUACAUACUCAUGACGUUUACACUGUACCUCACUGGACUGAGGCCGCCGCUAGUGGCUGCUGGCGACAAUAUGAGGAUUCCCUUCUUUGGAUGGUUCCUAAGAGGUUGCGGCGCGUUCUACAUCAGACGAAGGGUGGAAGGCUCAGAGUAUCAUGGCGACCCCACUUACAAAUCAGCUCUUAGGGCAUACAUACUGAACAGUUUGUCCGCUGGUAACAACUUAGAGUUCUUCAUCGAAGGAGGUCGCACUCGAACUGGCAAACCUCAGACUCCUAAAGCGGGCAUUCUAUCUGUGAUAAUGGACGCGUACCUAGACGGGACUAUAGACGACGCUCUGCUAGUGCCCGCCACGCUGAACUACGACAAACUAGUCGACGGUAACUUUGUCCGCGAGCAGCUGGGCAUGCCCAAACAAAUGGAGACCUUCUGGUCGGCGCUCAGAGGCAUUUGGAGGACGCUCAACACUAACCAUGGCAGCAUCAGAGUGGACUUCAAUCAACCUAUUUCUUUGAAGGAGCUAGUAACGUCGUUCCAGACGUACCACCACUACAAGGCGCCGAUAGAGACCUGCCUGACGCCCCCCAACAACAACCUGGCCGUGAACCUGGACCGACAGAUCCUGUACAACCACAGCCACUCCAGUCUGUACGGAGCCGACGUCAGCACCGACCACAAGAUGAUGGUCGAGGCUAUUGGCAGGCAUCUGGUAUAUGACGCGGCGCAGGCGACAGCGCUGAUGUGUACGAACGUGGUGUCGUACGUCCUCCUGUGCGAGGCGCGGCGCGGCGUGUCGCUGGCGUCGCUGGGCGCGCUGCUGGCCGCGCGACACGCCGCGCUCGCGUCCGACGGACGGGACCUCGCCUACACCGGGGACGCCGCCACCGCUGUCAAACACGCUUUGGAGAUGCUCGGGCGCGGGCUGGUCCGUCGCGAGGGCGACAUGAUCCGGCCCGGCACCAGCAUCGCGGCCCAGCUGGAGCUGGCGUACUACGCCAACACGGUCGUAGCGCACUACGCCGCGCCCGCCAUCGUCGCGACGGCCAUGGAAAGUGUGAUAUGUGCCUCAUCGUCACAAGAGUUCCGUAAGUCAGAACUAGUCAGCGCGUCACUACAACUGUGCGAAGUACUAUCGCACGAGUUUAUAAUCUGCGCGCCCUGCCAGAGGAUCCAGGACCGGAUCCUGGACGUCAUCGACUCGUUGGAGCAACAACAGCUUAUUAUCAAGGAUAAGUCGAACGUGAUAUUAGAAGAGCAGCAAUGGUCCCGGCGCAUGGCGCGGCGCCUGGAGGGAGACGACGACGACGACCGGCCCGACCCCGCCGAGCGGGUCUCCUACACCGUCUCCGACAAACCCGAGGCCGUCGCCGAGAGACGAAGACUCCUCCUGACGCUGCGGCCGCUACUGGAGGCCUACUCGGUGACGUGUCGCCAUCUACAGGCCGGCACUAUGAAGGACGUCGUCAAGGACUCGCUCGACUCGCUCACUGAGGACUUCACACAGAAUAAGAUGCUUUACGGUGAAGCAGUAUCGACGGACGCGAUCCGCAACUGCCUCCGUCUACUGCGGCAGUGGGGCGUUGUAAACGUGUACACGGAGGGCAAAGCCCGAGCCGUGCGUCUAGCGGAGCCCUACGCCUCCGCCCCCGCACUAGAAGACGUCUGCCACAACAUACACAAGUUCAACAUGAACACCCCACUACUAGAACCAAGUAAUAAAUAAAUAUAUCACUCUUAUAUUUAUUUAGUCUUAACUAAGUAGUGUUUUUACUUACAUACCAUUUUUGAAUUUACUCCGACUGUUUUCGAACCACAUCGGGGCUCAUAACUUUUAGCUUGCGCUGUUAACUCAAUAAUUAUGAGCUCCGGUAUAGUUCGAAAUUAAUCGGGUUACUACGAAAACUUUCGUAAAAACAUUAUUUAAUUUGAAUAUCAGCCUGUAGCUGUCCCUUUGGGCAAAGGGUUGUCUGAUGAAGUUUCUUAUAUUGUCGUAAACUAUAUAAGACUUUAUUUCUUAUCUCAAUACGGCCAAGAUAUGUGAAUUUGAACUUUAAUGCCAUGAAAAUGUGGUUCAUUUCUAUGUGUAUCCGUUUCUGAGAUUCGAUCAUUUGAAUGUAGAAUUUAUUUACUAAAGAAUAAAGUAGAUUUUUGGGCAGAAAAAUAUGAUAAUAUAGGAAUCAUAUUUUUGCUAUUUGGAAUUGAUUAAAUGUAUGAUGUUAAAAACAAUCAACAUACGUGUUUUAUCGUCGUAAUGGUGUAAAAAAUUAUGCAAUUUUGGUAGAAUAGUGUCUACGUAAUUAUUGGCUUUGAUUAUUUUAAUGAUCCGAUGGCUUUUCAUUGGACAAAAUAUAGUUGUAAAUAACUAAAAUAUUAGUUGAUUGCAAAGCUGAGAGAAUCAUUCAAAUCGGUCCAGUAGUUUCAGAGGUUGUUCAAUGCAAACAAACAUAUCUCUCUCUCUCUCUCAAUAAAUUAGUAGUCUUUCGAAAUGAAACCAUUUGCGUGUGCAUAUAGAGUUCAUAUUCGUAUCAAACACUUUUAUAUUGACCAAAGAUAUUCUUUAAACUAUAACUCGCAACUAAAUGGCUGCAUUGAGAAAGCCAUUGAAAUUCCAGAUUCGAUUCCCUAAGUGAACAUAAUAUGGAAUCAUUUGGGCGGCAUGUUAUAAAUAACCGGUCAAAAUUAUGCAGUGUACAAACAUACUAUGCAUAAACUGUCAAAUCUAUUAUCGACCUUAAGUACUAGAGUAUAAAAUUGAAAAUUGAAGAAUUUGUCAGUUUAAUAUUGACGGCUGUUGAUGAAGCGAAAGUUGUGUAAGAUUGGUAGCAAUUGGCGUCUCUGCCUACCCCCAUGGGAGGCAGGCGUGAGGCUAUGUAUGCAUGUGUGUAAUAUUGCUUCAUGCAAUGACACCACUGACGAAUGAUUUUCAACCUUAGUUACUUAAGUAUAAAGUUGAAAAUUGAAGAUAGAUGUUUAGUUUAACUUUGUACACUGACUUAUAAAUUUGACCGAUAGUUUGAACUUGAUUUUGUAUGUGUACAUAACUUCCUUAGUGCUGACGGUCGGUUAAAGUGAUAUGUCGGCGCUAAAUGCAACUUGAAACGUGUAGAAAAAGGAAUGAUGUAUGAAACUUAUUGCAGUAGAAGAUUAGAUACGUAGGUUUAUGUAAUACAUACUAAAUUCAUUAUUAUGGUUUUCGGCUUAAUCACGAAUAUGAGCCUCUAGAAUGGGUUGAAACCAGUCGAGUUCCUCGUCAAAUAGUUACGGGAGUAAGCCGAAAAACUUAGUAUUUAAAUUAGACACGUAUUUUUAAUCGUCUCUGGCCUUAGAUAGAUAUGACGUUCGCAAUAAGGUAGUAGACAGAGUAUAAAAAUAAAAAAUCUAAUUAGUCCGUCAGUCAGAUGAUUAAUUUAUUUUGUCAUAAAUAAGGUUGUAAUACUAAAAUAAAACGGGGUUAAGUUUUUAGGACUGGCAGGUCGUUACGUCACUCUACUCUAGAAAAUGUAGUAAAUUGUGACGUCACACGAUAUUUCAUAUCAAUGUGUCGUCGAAAGCAUUUAAUUUUAUAAGAAAAUAUUCGUGUCUGAUGUUUUAAAAUAAUCUACCAGACGGACAUUAAAACAAUUUGGAUACUGCUCUAUUUUAAUAACUGUAUUGAAGUAAAGUUUCGACUAUCCUAAUUCUAUUAUACUAACUUAUUUUUAUGAUUAUAUACAUAUACUAUAAUGUACUUUUUCAUCGUCAUAUCCGUUCAGUUUUGGACAUAUUAUAUUAAAAUACGUGUCUAAUAUGUAAAAAACUACCGUUUUCCAUUACUGUAUAGCUAAUUAAUAAAAAUAUACCAAUAUUUGCUCAUACCUACGAUAUUUCGACAACUUACUAUUUCCAUGAAAUAGGUUUUACAUCGUUCCUUUUAAUAUAUUUAUGCCCAAAAUAAAGGGGAGUACAAUAUUCAGUGGAGUAUGAUAUGAUAAAUGUUGUAUAAACGACCACCUGGGUGUAUUACACCCAGGUAAGUCCGGGACGUUCAACAGUACCUAUCUAAGACAACUAAACAAAAUUAAACCUUAUGAUGUGUCAAUAGAGUUGAGUUUUAGUUGUAGUUAAGUUAUGAAUGUGGUUUUUUUUUCAUAUAAUUAUGUAUGUAAGUUUGUAGAACAUAAACAGUGAGUGGAUCCUUGUUUAUUUCAUUUAUUGAUACUAUCUCGUACGGGCAGCUAGAGUGUAAAAAAAUAGUAGCAACCGAAUGUUUUUGUCUAAUGGCUAAUUUCUAAACCAAAUUGUUACAUGAGCACUCAUUAUCUAACUAAGACAGCUUAUCCUCUUAAGAUUUGAAGGUAACACUGCAAUCAUAUACAGCUUCAAUAGCUCCAUAGUAGGAUAUCAAAUUAUACAGUAUAGUGACCGCUGAACGUCCCUAUAGCUUAAGUUUUUAUGUUGCCAGGGUGAAGACAUGUUUAGCUAUAGAUACAUAUUUAUACAAUUUGGUUAAGUGAUAUGUAGUUACAUUUUCAUACGACAUAUUGUGAUCUUUAUCUUAUAUGUGGAAUAUAGAAGUAUGGACGAUCGCAUUGAAAAGGUGCCCGUCGAAAUUCGACCAGUGCAGAUGUCGCUAGCGUAGCAAAUGAGUCACUACUUUGUGUAUAUCGGCCAAAAUUAAUCAACGAUCUCAACGCGUAUGAAUAUGAAGUUUUUGUUUUGUUUUCUUUGUUUAUUUUCAAAAUAUUUAGAUUAACCUCUUGUAGGUAUGCCAGUAUUUGAGACACAAUAGAAAACACAUUGUCUCGCGUAGAUCUGCGCCUACGGCAUACUACGGGUUAAGAUCGAUUUUGGAUUUACAUCGUUUAUUAAUUUUGGUCUUAUAAGAGUAGUUGUGAAGUAUAAACAGGAUUUUAGCUACACAAGUCAUCAUCAACGUCAAAAGCCUCUAAGUGGCCACUGCUGACCAAAGUUCUCUUCUCCCAAGAAGGUUUGAGCAUUAAUCACCACUCUUGCUAAAUGCAAGUUGGCCAUUUUAGACUUAUAAUUAGAAAUUAAAGGCCUACGUUUCCUCACGAUGUUUUCCUUCAACGUUUUAUGUUAACUACAGAAGUAGUUAAGUUGUAUUUAGUGACAAAUUUUGUAAACUUGCUACGCUAACAUUGUUUUAUAAAACUGGACAUUUGUUCGAGUUAUCUUCCAUAUAAGAUCCCAUACCUCUAUCGUCCAUAGUUUUAUAGUAAAAAAGUUGCUCAAAGAAUGGAGCCAAAUAACGUUUUAAAUAUUAGUUUAAUACUCCAACUUUUAAUAUGUAGUAGUGUAGGCUCUCGAUAUUUGUUCGAGAAUCGUAAAAAAUCUUUUUUAAAUAAUUGGCAAUUUUUUUUUGUAGCCAAAUUACUGCAUACAGUUGUAAGUUGAGUUGUAUUGGCUUGUUGUUUAGUGUUUACAUGUGUUUUUGUGAAAAUCUCUCUGUAAUAACAUGGAGAUUGGAAUUGUGACCGGUGUAUAGAAAUAGACCUACCCCCUUAUAUGGUAAUUGUAUCAAAACUAUUGAUAAAUGCACUUUUACAUUGUAUUACCCAUGAAGCAAAUACAAAGAGGUGUCGUUACUGGAUUUCCCUCUAACCUUAUGCGUGACACUUUACGGGGAGCGCGAGACGUUACAAACCACGCCCCUCUCUAUUUUCCAUCAUGCUGAUUUUUACUACAAACACGUUGCCAAUUGUUCACAUUUUAUUGUGCCACUUUUUGAACGCUUAUAACCUAUCUACACUUUUUUUUAAUAUCAUUUGGCAGGGCAGUUUUUUGUCACAGUGCUCAAUCACAGUAUGGCAUCUUCACUUUGUACUUGCUUCAUGGUACUACCUAAAUAUGCGGGGAAUGAAAGAUAUAUUACAAAUUCUCUUAAAAUAUGUGAAAAACACUAAACAAUACGCCUCUAACAGUCGACCGCACACCAGUGGAAAACCUCCAAUUACAUAUUAUUUUUUAUUUCUUAAGUAGCAAGCACUAUUUUUGCUUAAUUUAUAUUAUUCUAAUGAUGUGCGGUCGACUGUACCUUGCUUUUUGAUCUGUGAUGUGCAAGCUAUUGAGAAGGAAUGUUUAUUUUGUAUAUAUUGUGACUUGAAAUUUAUCAAAAUAUUGGAGUAGUGUUGAAUGGGUCUUGUGAUCUCAUGAUUACAAAUUGAAUGUUUGUAUGCACAUCUUUUACUACAGAACAGUUUCAUUAUAAAGGACAUAAAUCGGUCUGUAGAUUUACUUAAUAUAGGUGUAAUUUUGACAUCAAAAUUCCAUCUCUAAUAAGCUUUACAGAUGGAACGGGUAUAAGCUAUAAGGUGUGCAUACAAGCCCUUCUUUACAUGGCAUUUGUAUCUGAUAUGUAUGUGUGUGGCUGGCCAUUAUCCGACUCACAAGAGUCUAAAUUUAUUCCUUUUUGUACUGCGUUAAACUUAAGUUGACAAAUAGUAUAUAGACUUUUUGUUUCCCAUAUAAUGAUAAAAGGGGGCAGAAGUAAGAUUGAUUAAAACAAUCUUGAAAUA